UUACAACGGAACACAGACAAAAGGUCACUACAAUGAAUCUCCUUGUAUCAUUCAUUUCGAUGUUGAGUAUCUGAGUAACAGUGUAUCUGUGUGUGUGUUGCAUUGAAGCAACAAUGGGAACCACCACUGUUGCGUUCACCCUCGCCCACAUGGCAGAGAGGUGCACGUGCAUGCGCGACCUGAAGCUCCUCCACGCCCACGCGUUCCGCACGCGCCUCCACGACCACACGGUGGUCCUUGGCAAGCUCUUCCGCUUCGCCGCAGUGUCGCCACUCGGCGACUUACGCUACGCCCACCGCAUGUUCGACCAAAUGCCCCACCCAACUACCUUCUUCUACAACACCCUCAUCCGCGCCCACGCCCAUUCCACCACCCCUUCUCUCUCCUCCCUCUCCUUCAACCUCAUGAGGCAAAACAACGUCGCCCCGGAUCAGUUCUCCUUCAACUUUCUGCUCAAGUCACGCUCAAGAACCACCCCUUUGACUCACCACAACGACGUACACGGCGCGGUUUUGAAGUUCGGGUUUUGCCGUCACUUGCACGUCCAGAACGGUUUGAUACACUUUUAUGCCAAUAGGGGGAUGACCCUUUUGGCAAGAAGGGUUUUUGAGGAUGUUCUGCAACUGGGUUUGGAGGUUGAUGUUGUGUCCUGGUCCGGGUUGCUUGUGGCACACGUAAAAGCUGGUGAGUUGGAGGUUGCAAGGAGGGUGUUUGAUGAAAUGCCCCAAAGGGAUGUGGUUUCAUGGACUGCCAUGUUGACAGGGUAUUCUCAGGCGAAACGGCCUAGAGAGGCACUAGAGUUGUUUGGGGAGAUGAGGCGCGCUGGGGUGUGGCCGGACGAGGUUACCAUGGUGAGCCUGGUCUCGGCUUGUGCGAGUUUGGGAGACAUGGAGACGGGGAUGAUGGUUCACAGGUUUGUGGAGGAAAAUGGGUUUGGGUGGAUGGUUGCUCUUUGCAAUGCCCUCAUUGACAUGUAUGGGAAGUGUGGGUGCUUGGAGGAGGCAUGGCGUGUGUUUCAUGGGAUGACUAGGAAGAGCUUGAUCACAUGGAAUACAAUGGUGACUGUGUGCGCAAACUAUGGGAAUGCUGAUGAGGCAUUUAGGUUGUUUGAAUGGAUGGUUUGUUCUGGGGUUGUGCCUGAUUCGGUGACACUUCUGGCGCUUCUGGUUGCGUAUGCUCAUAAGGGGUUGGUCGAUGAGGGAAUUAGAUUGUUUGAGAGCAUGGACAGGGACUAUGGAGUUGAACCUCGUAUUGAGCAUUAUGGUGCUGUGAUAGAUAUGUUGGGGCGUGCAGGGCGAUUACAGGAGGCUUAUGAUCUGCUUACAAAUAUUCCGAUUCCAUGCAAUGAUGCUGUUUGGGGAGCUCUGCUUGGAGCCUGCAGGAUUCAUGGUGAUGUUGAAAUGGGGGAAAAGCUUAUAAAGAAGUUGUUGGAGUUGAAACCAGAUGAAGGGGGAUACUAUAUUCUCCUGCGUGAUAUCUAUGUUGCUGCAGGUCAGACUGUAGAAGCCAAUGAGACGAGGCAAGCCAUGCUGGCUAGUAGAGCAAGGAAAAAUCCUGGUUGUAGUUGGGUGGAAGGCUGAAGUUUAGGUGUACAUUCGCAGCAAUCAUCAUGCAAGGCAAUGGUGAUGCCCUCUGUGCAGUGCAGGCUGUAGAGUUGUUCUCAUGGAAUCCUCUAUAUUUCUGAUUUUUUCCGCUAUAUUGUUGAUACAGGGCAGAAAAUCGGCAAGUAGAAUGGUCGAAAUUAUUUUUAGAUGACCUAAUAACUGUUUUCAUUGACUGUUCUACCUCAAAUUCAAAUCAUUUGAUCACUUCUUGGAGUCUCUCUCUUCCAUUUUCUGUUGAGCCAUUGCCAUUUGGCACUGUUGAAGAUUUUCAGGAUCCAGUACUAUUUCUGUAUAUAUCUCAUGAAGCAGCAAGUUUGAAAUUUUCUUGCAAAUGAAAGUUAAUGGUUUUGUUCUAUAAUGAAUUAAACAAGCAGAAGCUGAUAUCUGACUCUAGAUCAGUGCACAUAUACCGUUUCUCAGUAUGUUGUUCAAAGUUUGGGGCCUUGAGCCGUUAGAGUCUGAAUGUAUUUUCUUUGGAGGAACAAGGUCUAACCAUAGAUACUGUAAUUAGUAGUAAUGACAAAAUAAUAAUAUUGUGCUGCUGAUUGUUGACGGUUUUAAUGUUUUAUCAAGACCUAGUGAUAGAAGAGCUAUCAUUCACAUUUUGUGAUCUUAUUAUAGAAUACAUCAGGGGAACAUAUAUGAUUUCGAUCAGAUUUGUUCUUCAACUUAAAGGUUUCCACCAAGGGAAUUACAAUGGGGAGUUUGUGUGUGCCUUUGCUUCUAACUUGGGUGUAUGUUUGAUUGUCAAAGUGGAGCUUUGGGCAAUUCUUAUUGCCAUUAUCUUGGCUCUGUCUAGAGGUUUUUCUAAGCUGAGCAUUGAAUGUGGUUCAGCGACAGCCAUCAAUAUGAUAAAUUCUGGAGUGUGUGUUCACCACCUUUGCUACACCCUCUGUUCAGUUCAGGGACGCUUCUACCAACUUGGGAACAACUUUGAAUUUUAGGUGCUAUCAUGUGUUUCGGGAAGCAAACUCUCCAGCAGAUGCAGUAGCUAGUCACGGCAUGUCCAUAGACACAGGGAUUAAACUUCUUGAUAGUAUUCCUGACUUCAUUUAUCUUCUUCUGUUAGCUGAUGCUUCAGCAGCUACUUGGUAUUGUCGUUAGUUUGUGUUGCUUGGCCGAUAUGCCCUUUUAUCAAUAAAAUAAAAAAUAAAAAAAGGGAAUUAUGGUCUUGUACUCCCCUGAUGAUACAAUGCAGUGAACACUUUUUUAAUCUGUUACUUUGUAACUACCUUUGCUACAACCUAUAUUAUCUGGAAGAGAAUGUAAGGUUCAAGUCUCCACUAUAUUAAGAACAUUCAAACCAGCAGGAGUGGUGGUUCUGUUUUCCUGGGCACCAAAAAUGAUUUGAUUAUGGUAAAUAAUCUGUUCCUUUUAUUCCAGUGCUCAUAGCUGUCUGUGGUGAAGCCCUUGUUCUGAACCUUCUCAAUGAUAUUGCACUAUGGUUGUUUAUCGAGUCCUA